UUUUUCUGCCUUGAUAGAACAUUUCCAGCAACUAAUUUAUGCUUUAAAUAUGCAGAAACUAAGACACAGUUGUUAAACUUACGUUCUUGAAUGCUGAAAUUGAAUUUUAGUUGCAGAAAAUAUGGUAUAAGUGCUGAAAGUGUGAAAGUUAGUAUUUUUUUGGUGGUAACUAAAUUUCUGCAUAUGAUCUGCUCUAUGAUUUCCAUGCAAAAUUCACCAAGUGGAGCUGUGUUUAAUGCUUUGCAAUGUUGGAUUUAAUAUGUAAACUGAUUUGUAGCUUGUUUGUUUGUACCAAUGCAAACAUAUUGCUUGGCGGGCUUGAAGCCGAAGCUUGGAUGUUAUGAAUCUAUGAUGAAUCACAUUUCUGGUAGUUCUUGGUUAGUCAAGUCAGAGGAGAUGGAGGAAAGUUAUUUAUUCUCUGAUGUCACACAUGAUUUUUGACUGGCUGGCAGAACGUGCCUGGUUGUUUUUCACUUACUAGGAUUUGUUAUAGAAACAACUAAUUGAUUCAUUACAAAUGGAGAGCAUCAAGCGGCUAACUCUGUAUCCAUCGAGGCUUAUAGAACUGCAUAUUCAACUCAAUUCAACACCAUGGAAGAUGUUUCUCAUGCUAGAGAUCCUGCUGAUGCUUAUGAUGAGGCUGUUGUUCAAGUCUUUGGAUGCUAUUUUGAGAGGCCUAACUUUGCCUCUAUGGAACAGAAAACUCCAUUGAACUUGACAACAAACAGAAAACUCCAUUGAACUUGACAAGAAACAAGAUGAGUAUUUUCGUGGCAAUGACAGUUACAGAGACUGCAGUGGAUACACUGUCUACUAUAAGUAUCCUUAUCAUUCUAGUGUCUCGAGUAAUGCCAGUGUUGGUCUCAACUGUUCGGUUAUUGAAUUGUCAGUGGUACCCGAACUCGGAAACCGAAAUGCCAGUGAUUUGUUCUCUGUGUUGGCUUCUGAGUUCUCUAUCAGGUUUCAUGUGUCCAAGGAAUGUCAAAAGUGUCGACACAAGGGGGGGAGGUGUUCUCGUGAUGGCAUGCGCUUCUGCUACACAAAUGACAAAGAAGGAAUUAGCAACUUGACACUGGUACUAGGAACAGUUAUACCUGGAGUCGUAAUCCUUCUGCUAUGCUUGGUCAUAAUAAUUAUAUGGCGUUUCAACAAAUGGAAUCAUGUUUCAUCGUACAUCUCUUCAAAGAACACUUCCUCUGAUCACUUAUCGAAAGCAAACCUUGAAGGAGGUAGUGCCUACUUUGGUGCCUCUGUCUUCUCCUAUGCUGAACUUGAACAAGCCACUGAUGACUUCGACCCUUCCAAGGAAUUGGGAGAUGGAGGUUUCGGCACCGUGUACCAUGGAAUACUCCGGGACGGAAGGGAAGUUGCUGUCAAGCGCCUAUACGAGCACAACUACAAGCGGGUGAAGCAGUUCAUGAACGAAAUCGAAAUCCUUACCUCUUUGAGCCACCCCAAUCUGGUUACCCUUUUUGGUUGCACCUCCCGCCAUAGCCGAGAACUACUACUCGUAUAUGAGUACAUUCCCAAUGGCACUGUGGCAGAUCAUCUACACGGUGAUCGAGCAAAGGAUGGUUCGCUUGCAUGGCCUAUUCGCAUGAACAUAGCCAUUGAAACCGCCAGUGCAUUGGUUUACCUCCAUGAUUCUGAUAUCAUCCACCGCGAUGUAAAGACUGACAACAUACUCCUUGACAACGAUUUUUGCGUUAAAGUAGGAGAUUUCGGGCUCUCGAGACUCUUCCCCAACCAUGCCACUCACGUCUCAACGGCUCCACAGGGCACUCCGGGUUAUGUUGAUCCCGAGUACCAUCGAUGUUACCAGCUUACUGACAAGAGUGAUGUUUAUAGCUUUGGGGUUGUUCUUAUUGAGCUCAUAUCAUCACUGCCGGCUGUUGACAUUAACAGGCAUAGGGAUGAGAUUAAUUUGGCUAACUUAGCAGUAAACAGGAUCCAAAACCGUGCAAUCCAUGAGUUGAUUGAUCCGUCUCUUGGGUUUGAGUCAGAUCCUUCGAUUGAGAGGAUGACUUUGUCGAUGGCAGAGGUGGCUUUUAGGUGUUUGCAACUUGAUAAGGACGUGAGGCCUACGAUGAAAGAGAUUUUGGAGGAUUUGAUGGGGAUUCAUUCGUACAAAGAUGAGAAUGCUGGGAAGAUAAUUGAUGAUGGUAGUGCGUUAACAACUAGAAGGCCUCCUACUUCAUCUGAUGGCGAAGAUGUUGUGUUGUUGAAGAACAGCAUGCCCCCAGUUUCACCAGCUUUGGUGACCAAUAGAUGGGUUAGUACCUCUACCACGCCCACCUCCAGUGAGUAAGGCUUUCGUUUCACUCUACUUUUGUUUGAAGAUAGAUAUGUCAAGAAAAUAAUCUUGACACUCGUAGCUAUGCAACCGAGCAGUUCAAAUUCAGUUUCCAUUUUGUUGUAUUUUGAAAUGACUACAUAUGGUCUGAUAAUUCUAUUGAGAGAAUGUGUAUAGUGAGUGCAUAGAGCUCUUCUUGUGUUUUUGUUCAUAUUUUGAGAUUUUUGAAGUCAUGGCUCAGUUCUCAUUGUGCAA